UGGAGCUGCGUUAAUACCUAGCUUCAGAAAAUUACACUGCACCUAGUUGGCUUCGUGAAGUUUAGCUUCUUGGAGUUGAGGCGUUCUGGCUGAAACAGGCUGAGAAGUUGUGAAGUUUGGAGUUUGAGGGCAACAGAACAGGCCCUAAGAGAUACACGCAAAGAAGAUAAGAAUGCAAGCAUGCGAAUCUCCAACCAAAUAGAUGGCUGAGGCAUGCAUGGGACCUAGAAUCCCUUUUUAUCUGUCCUAAAUCUGAGCACAUUUUCCAGAUCCAGUGUACAAAUGUCUGCAGAUGCUACGGCCAUGAUUCCCGAGAAAGAAAUGCCAUAGUUUCGAAAUGGGCGUGACAUGUUCAGCAGUCCAAACCACGAUGGAAUACUUUUAGCCUCCAUGUAAUGCGGCAAGAUUCCCGUACUAAAAUCUCCACAAAACUUUGAUGCGUCUUCCCAUUUUCCACUUCUCCAGCCAGGCCUAAUCAGUAGCCUUUAGCAAACAUGGCCUACGUACAGCAACAGGCAAACGAUAACGUGGAAUAGAACUUUUCCACAGGAAUAGAACAAAACCAUUGCCAUUACUGACAAGAAGACCGCAGACCAGGUCAACACAGUGCCACUAUAGCCUGUAGUAACAUCAUUUCGUCGACAACUCUGGUGCCUUGUGAAGAAAGGGUCCCAUGCAUUAAUUGAUCGCCGGAAGAAAAAUGCCAUUGUUUGCGAGUUGCAUUGCAACAUGUAUCGCCCCAAAAUUCCCGUAAUGAAGUUUCCACAAAAUUUCUCUGCAUGUUCAACUUUCCACUUCUCCAGAGAAGGUCUUCAGUAGCCUUUUGCAAACGUGGCCUACAGGCUACAGCUAACAUGUAUAGAUUUUCCACAGGAUGAGAACAAAACCUUCGCUGUUUUAGACAGCCACCAGCUAAUGCGUACAGGAAGACCGCAAACCAGGUCAAUACCCUGCCAAUAUAGCCUCUAGUGACAUCAAUUCAUCGACACCUUUGGAGUCUUGUGAAGAAAGGCUCACCCACUAGUCACCCCAUGGCAUGCUCUACUCCCUACUGGAAGCCCUACUCGGCACGGCAAACCGAGACACCAGCGCUUACACUGCCACCAGCACGGCAACACGCCUAUAUAACUUGUGUGCGAGCCAAAGCUGUAGACACACAUGACCCAACCAGCUUUCUUGAUCCCUCACUCUACGGCCCACACUCCACUCUAGAUAUGGCAACCAUGGCGCGGCCUCUCGAAAUGCUGCUGCUGCUCUUGCUCGCCGUACAUGUAGCGGCGGCGAGCAGCAUCCACAACCCCGAGCGGGACGCGCUCCAGGCGUUCAGGGCCGGUGUGUCGGACCCGACGGGCACGCUCCAGUCGUGGAACAGCACGGCGCACUUCUGCCGGUGGCCGGGGGUGACCUGCGUGCACGGGCACGUCACGGCGCUGAAGAUGUCCUACCUCGGUCUCACCGGGACCAUCUCCCCGGCCUUGGGCAACCUCACCUACUUGGAGUACCUCGGCCUCAACAAGAACACCCUCUCCGCCAGCAUCCCCGCGAGCCUUGGCCGGCUGAGGCGCCUCAGCUACCUUGGCCUUUGCGACAACGGCGGGGUGAGUGGGGAGAUACCCGACAGCCUCAGCAACUGCACUAGCCUUGCUGUUGCUUAUCUCAACAACAACACCCUCAGUGGCACCAUCCCCGCAUGGCUCGGGACGCUGUCGAACCUCACCACCCUCUGGCUAACCCACAACUUGCUCACCGGCGAAAUCCCGCCAUCAUUUGGCAACCUCACAAACCUUGAUAGCCUCAUGCUCGACCAGAACCUUCUGGGAGGCACCCUCCCCGAAGGCCUCUCGCGUCUUGCUCUCCUUCGGCAACUCAAUGUCUACCAAAACCGCUUGCGCGGUACUAUCCCACCAAGAUUCUUCAACAUGUCCAAGUUAGAAGACAUGUCCCUCGCUAACAAUGCGUUCACCGGAAGCUUGCCAUCAUACGCAGGAGCUCGGAUGAUGAAGCUUCAGGUUCUCCUCCUCGGCGGGAACAAACUAACUGGGCCGAUCCCAGCAUCUCUAGCCAACGCCACAAGCAUGGCGUCUCUCAGCCUCUCCAACAAUAGCUUCAAUGGACAGGUGCCUCCUGAGAUUGGCACAUUAUGCCUCAGUAAGUUGGAGAUGUCCAACAAUGAGUUAACUGCAACCAAUGAAGACGGCGGUUGGGAAUUCUUGGACCGUUUGACAAAGUGCAACAACCUAGAAAUUCUUUCUCUGGAGGACAACAAGUUCAGUGGCAAAAUGCCACGCUCCAUCGGCAACUUCUCAAGGAAGCUUUUGGGUCUAAACCUCGGGGGUAACCGCAUAUCUGGUUCAAUUCCAUCUGGUAUUGAGAACCUCAUUGCCCUACAAACCUUGGGGCUAGAAUCCAAUCUCCUCACCGGUACCAUUCCGGAGGGGAUUGGGAAGCUCAAGAACCUUACAGAGUUACGGCUGCAGGAGAACAAAUUGUCGGGGCCGGUGCCAUCUUCCAUCGGGAGCCUGACAGAGCUCCUUAGGCUUGUUCUUAGCAACAAUGAAUUGAGCGGAUCAAUCCCUUUGACCCUCGGCAACCUACAGAAGGUGGCUCUUCUCAAUCUCUCCAACAAUGCACUCACCGGUGAAGUCCCAAGACAACUCUUCAACUUGUCAUCGUUGUCGCAAGCAAUGGACUUGUCGAACAACCGGCUUGAUGGCCCGCUUCCUCCUGAAGUCAUCAGACUUGGGAACCUUGCGCUCCUGAAGUUGUCAGGAAACCUCUUGACUGGUGAGAUACCAAAGCAGCUUGGUGGUUGCCAGAGCUUAGAGUUCCUCGGUUUGGACAACAACUUCUUUAGCGGAAGCAUCCCAUCUUCCUUGAGCAAGCUGAAGGGGCUUCAGAUGUUGAACCUGACGAGCAACAAAUUGUCGGGAAGGAUACCUCCGGAGCUCGGAAGCAUGUCCGGGCUCCAGGAGCUGUACCUUUCAUGGAACAAUCUGACUGGAACAGUCCCAGAAGAGAUGGCAAAUAUGAGUUCGUUGAUCAAGCUGGAUGUGUCAUACAACCAUCUUGAAGGACACGUGCCACUUCGGGGUGUGUUUGCAAACAUGACUGGGUUUAACUUCACCGAGAAUGGCGAGCUCUGUGGUGGCGUGCCUCAACUCCAUCUUCCACGAUGUUCGGUGGUAAGGUACGGAAGCCAUACUAAUUGGCCUCUUCAUAUCAUGGCACCGAUCCUAGGCAUGUUUCUCAUCUCGUCCAUACUCCUCACCAUUUUCCUAUGCUACAAGAGAAACUCGAGACACACAAAAGCCACGGCACCAGACAUACUUGAUGCCUCGAACUACCAGAGGGUCUCGUAUGCCGAAUUGGCGAAAGCCACAAACGGCUUUGCGGAUGCCAAUCUGAUAGGUGCAGGAAAGUUUGGUUCCGUGUACCUUGGAGCUCUCCCACUGAAUGACAACGGAACACUCGAGAGUGUUCCUGUGGCGGUGAAAGUGUUUGAUCUUCAGCAAGUCGGAGCCUCCAAGACAUUCCUGUCGGAAUGUGAGGCGUUGAAGAGUGUAAGGCACCGGAAUCUGAUCAGGAUCGUCACCUGCUGCUCCAGCAUCGAUGGCAGGGGCGAUGACUUCAAAGCUCUAGUGUUCGAGCUCAUGCCCAAUUACAGCCUAGACAGGUGGUUGCAUCCGACACCUGAAGCGCUGAAGAACGUAGGCAGCCUAACCGCAAUCCAACGGCUUAACAUCGCCGUGGACAUCGCCGACGCGCUGCAUUAUCUUCACAGCAACUGCGUACCGCCGAUCAUACACUGUGAUCUCAAGGCAAGCAACAUUCUUCUCAGCAAGGACAUGACGGCCUGCAUCGGUGACUUCGGCCUCGCAAAGCUGCUCCUCGAUCCGGGGAUCCAUGACACCAUGAAUUCAGAGAGCACCAUUGGAAUCAGAGGCACCAUUGGCUACGUCACACCAGAGUAUGGAACGACUGGCAAAGUUUCGACACAAGGCGAUGUCUACAGCUUCGGCAUCAUGCUGCUGGAGAUCUUCUCUGGGAGGUCGCCGACGGACGACAUCUUCAGGGAUGGCCUGAUGCUGCCAGGGUUCGUCAGCGCGGCUUUUCCCAACAGAACAGAGGAGGUCCUCGACGCAACGCUGCUGGCGACCAAGGAAUUCGAUGGUGAUUGCCGCGUCUCAGUGCAUGAUUGCUUGGCUUCUGCUAUCUGGGUUGGGCUUAGCUGCACGAGAGCGGCACCGUACGAGAGGAUGAGCAUGAGGGAUGCGGCCGCCGAGCUGCACGCGAUCAGAGAUGCUUGUGCCCAAGCCUGAAUCCUGGCUACUUCUUUUCUUCUACCGAGAGGCAUGUGCAGUGUAAUGCCGUGUAUGUAUGUAUGUUCAGAGUCCAGGCUUCACACAUUUUAUAUCGUUUAUUAAGAGAAACAACUUCGAACUGCUAUGAUAACAGAGAUUACAGUUAGUGUAAUUCGUCGCUGCAAAUGGGUCAUCUUUUGAGAUUGCUUUUCCUUA